AUGGCUGCUGAGGAUACCCUGAAGAUGUUUGAGGUGGAAGUGACUUGCUCCAUUUGCUUGCAGUAUUUCACUGACCCAGUGAUUCUAGACUGCGGGCACAAUUUCUGCCACCACUGUGUUUUCAAGUACUGGAAAGACUUUGUGCGUGAUCGGAGCUGCCCUGAGUGCAGAUGGGUAGUGGAGCCUGACAGGCUCAUUACGAACAAGCCGCUGGAAAACUUGGCUAGAUUCCUCAGAGAUCAAGCAAAACAAGCAAAAGGAGGAGGGGAGGGAACCUGCUACAGGCACCCAGAGCCUCCCACAUCUUUCUGCAAGACUGACCAAGCCCUAGUCUGCUCAGUGUGUGUCGAAUCCGCAGAGCACAAGGCUCACGAUGUAGUUCCCAUGGAGCAAGCGGCCCAAGAGACCAAGGUGAGAGAGGCCUUUUGUUUCUAGGACUGGGCUGGGAAUAAUGAAUGCAUAUGCAUGGUUAGGGAAAAAACACUGCUGUCCAGGGUUGUAAAGACUGUGGAGAGAAUAAUUGGGUGCACUCUUCCCACCUUGGAUCAAAUCUAUGCUUCCAGGUGCCAUAAGAAAGCAGCAGAGAUAGCGCAGGAUAGUGCGCACCCCGGAAAUGAUCUCUUUCAGCUUCUGCCUUCUGGAAGAAGGUACAGGGUUAUAAAGACAAGGACUAGCCACCUGAGAAACAGUUUCUAUCCAAAUGUGAUUUUGGUUUUAAAUGCAGUAUAAGGUAGUCUCUAUGGGAGUAUAUUGCAUUUAAUUAUGGGGUAUCAGAGUUUUUAGGGGGUUAACCAAGCUGGGAUAGCAGGCUUGUUGGUUUUUGAAUGUCUGAUGUAGAUUUUUUCAAUUUUGUUGUUCUGUAUGGGACAAUGACAAUAAAGCCUAUCAUAUCGUAUAUUGUUGAUUUGCAGGAGGAAUUUAAAAACAUGCUUGCUUACUCAGGCGUUUGGUGGCCGAAGGUCCCUGUUCAUGGCAGCCCUGGGAUCACAGGUUGAGAGAAUGCUUUGAGCUUAGAAUGCUUUUUAACUUUAUUACAUACUCUCCAAAAGCAUGCUUGCGUUUUCUUUUCAGGAUCGCAUAGGCAACUGCAUUAAUGCUCUAGAGAACCGGGAAGAGACAAUUCUGGAGUGUAGAUCAGCUGCAGAAAAACAAACUCAAACCCUGAUUGUAAGUGUCACUGUUACUAGCAAGUCCACAAAUAAUAAUAAUAAUAAUAAUAAUAAUAAUAAUAAUAAUAAAAAUAAAAAAUAAAUAAAUUAAAUUAAAUAAAUAUUUUAUUUAUACCCCACCCUCCCCAGCCAGAGCCGGACUCAGGGUGGCUAACACUGGUAAAAUUACAGUAAAAACAUAAGGGGGGGGGAGCAAUUUAAAAUACAGGUUAAAAUGCAAUUUAAAAUGCAGUCUCAUUUUAAAAGUAGCCCAUAGAUCAGAAAGUAGUAGCACUUUAAAAAAAAAUUGUGUAAUUGCCGACUAAGGAGUGCAUAAAAUACCAUCCGAGUUGGAGGUCUGUUUUUGGAAACUCUUUCCCUAUUGCAUGCAAAACCAGGUUUUCCUGUGCUUCUUGUGGGAUGAGCGUUUCUCAUGCGAAUUCCAGAGUGUGUGCAAACUUUUCACAGCUACUGCACUACAUUGUUGUUGUAAAAACGCCACUCUUAUUCCCCACCCCCAAUUUAAUCUGGGGUCAUCCUCUCUGAAGGAAAUCUGAUAAAUGAAAAAACCCAACACCUUGUUUGUGAUAUCUGAACAGCCCAUUUACAUCACUAAGCCCCCUUUUGUGAACGUUCUGAGUGUAAGGUCGCCUUCCGCAACCUAGCAGUUCAUUUUAUGGACCAAUGGUCUCGUUAGAUAGUACAAUUCAUGUUAAAUUGCCGUUUUAGGGGUUGUUUUUAAAAGUCUGGAACGGAUUAAUCCAUUUUGCAUUACUUUCUAUGGGAAUGUGUGCCUUGGUUUUGGAACUCUUUGGUCUUGGAACGGACUUCCAGAACGGAUUAAGUUUGAGAACCAAGGUACCACUGUAUUGUUGACCUAUGCCUGACUCCAGCUCCUGACCAUUAAAUGUCCUUUUCUAUAUAAUUAGUAUCCUAAUGUUGCCAGGACCGACCUUAUUCCUGCCGCCUCUAACCUCUCUCUCUCUCUCUCUCUCUCUCUCUCUCUUUCCUUGCUCUCUUUCCAUCGGCUUAUUGAAGAAACUGACAGAAAAGCUGAUGCAAGAAACACUGUCCAAGUUCGACGAGCUGCGCCAGUUCCUGUUGUCUGAAGAGCACACUAUGGUCGGCAAGCUCCGAGACAUACUGAAGGAGAUCGUAACGAGGAGAGACAAUCACAUGAGCAAGCUUUUUCGGGAAGUCUCCUCUUGCGAAAUCCUCGUCCGGGAGCUGGAGAAGAAGUUCUGCCAGCCAGUGAGUGAACUCCUGCAGGUAAGGCGGAAGUUGCAGGAAAUGGACAAGGCUUUUCCUCAAGGACAGUCUGGUACCCAAACCUUCAUUCAUCCUUUCCUUAGGCGGCUCCCACACCAUACAUUUAGAGCCCUCUGAUACCACCAUAAACAGCCAUAAAGGUAAAGGUAAAGGGACCCCGACCAUUAGGUCCAGUCGUGACCGACUCUGGGGUUGUGCGCUCAUCUCACUCUAUAGGCCGAGGGAGCCGGCAUUUGUCUGCAGACAGCUUCCAGGUCAUGUGGCCAGCAUGACUAAGUCGCUUCUGGCGAACCAGAGCAGCACAUGGAAACGCUGUUUACCUUCCCACCAGAGCGGUACCUAUUUAUCUACUUGCACUUUGACACUUUGACGUGCUUUUGAACUGCUAGGUGGGCAGCAGCUGGGACCGAGCAACGGGAGCUCACCCGUCGCGGGGAUUCGAACUGCCGACCUUCUGAUCGGCAAGUCCUAGGCUCUGUGGUUUAACCCACAGCACCACCUGUGUCCCUACAGCCAUGGCUUCCCACAAAGAUUUGUGGGAGUUGUAGUUUAAGGGCGCUGAGAACUAUGAGGAUACCUAGCUUCAGUUCAUAGAGUUCCCUUGGGAGAGAGAUGGAUUGACCACUCUGUGAACUGCAGCUCUGUGAGGGGCUAAGAAAUUUAAUAAAAUAAAAUCUGCCUACCUCUGGGGGUUGUGGUGAGGAUGCAUUGGGGAGGAGUGUUCCCAAUUAAAUGCUGCUCUGAAGUUCUGGUGAGAAAGGAAUGUGACCAAUUUUGAAAGGCUUGGGUAGCAUGAAGCACUAGCUCAGGGGUCAGCAAGGCUUACUGGGCAAGGGCCAGAUCACUCCCACGGAGAUCAUCCGUGGGCUGGACAGGCGCAGCGCGACUCCAGAAAUCGCAUCUGCGCAUGUUCACGGCGCCGGAAAUUGCUUCUGCGCAUGUAUGGAAGUGAGAGCUGGACCAUAAAAAAGGCUGAUGGCCGAAGAAUUGAUGCUUUUGAAUUCUGGUGCUGGAGGAGACUCUUGAGAGUCCCAUGGACUGCAAGAAGAUCAGACCUAUCCAUUCUGAAGGAAAUCAGCCCUGAGUGCUCACUGGAAGGACAGAUCCUGAAGCUGAGGCUCCAAUACUUUGGCCACCUCAUUGGAAGAGAAGACUCCCUGGAAAAGACCCUGAUGUUGGGAAAGAUGGAGGGCACAAGGAGAAGGGGACGACAGAGGACGAGAUGGUUGGGCAGUGUUCUCGAAGCUACCAGCAUGAGUUUGACCAAACUGCGGGAGGCAGUGGAAGACAGGAGUGCCUGGCGUGCUCUGGUCCAUGGGGUCAUGAAGAGUCGGACACAACUAAACGACUAAACAACAACAACAACAUAUGCCCAGAUGCCGAAAAUUGCGCCUGCAGAGAAGCAAUUUCGGGCGUCGCACUGUGCCCGUCCAGCCCACGGACGAUCUCCGUGGGAGUGACUGUCCGCGAGCCGGAUCCAGAACCCAUUCGGGCUGGAACAAGCCCCCGGGCCUUAGGUUGCCGACCUCUGCACUAGCUGUUAUGUCCAAUGUACUCAAUUUACAUACAAUUGCCUGUGUUGGAUUAAAACACACCUUUCCACCAGUGUUUUCAGAUGGCUUCUGCUAAGCAGAUGGCCCGCAGAUGGGCACAAGAGGGGUUUUCUUCUGAACGACGUGCAUCAGGCUCUGAUUUCUUCUUUUUCUCUCUCCCUUCUAGGAUGCUGGGAACACCAUGGAGAAGUAAGUGGAGCUCAACAAAAUCCUGCAUAGAGGCAGGGUCCUGGGAAUCACAGAGUGCAAAGAGUGGCUGUUUUGCUCAGGUCUCUGAGCACUGUGGGAACAGGGGGACACAGUAGAUUGGUCUUUGGCCUGAUCCCGCAAGCAUGGCAUGUCCUCCAGUGUUUCUGAGAGGUGAAGACCUCCCUGCUUGCUGCCUAGUUUUCCAUUGAAUCUCUGUUGUCUCUGGGAGAUAGCGAUGGUGGGUUCAUCGGCGGUUUGUUUUCUCUCCAGUGUGGAGCCAGUGUGGUGUAGUGGUUAAGAGCGGUGGACUUGUAAUCUGGUGAACUGGGUUCGCUUCCCCACUCCUCCACAUGCAGCUGCUGGGUGACCUUGGGCCAGUCACACUUCUUCGAAGUCUCUCAGCCCCACUCACCUCACAGAGUGUUUGUUGUGGGGGAGGAAGGGAAAGGAGAAUGUUAGCCGCUUUGAGACUCCUUCGGGUAGUGAUAAAGCGGGGUAUCAAAUCCAAAUUCUUCUUCUUCUUCUCCAGGUUCCACCAGGCAACACCGUUUCAGUGUGUGAGCCCUUUUUCGCCGAAGCAGCUGUGGGAAAUAUGGGACGUGACGGACGCAAACAUCUCCCUGGAGAGUGCUGUGAAGCAAUUCAAAGGUAAAGGAAAGAACUUGCUGCAAACUUCUUGUUUGUCCGUUUUUGACGCUGGCCAUUGUGAUAUGCCCCAAGUGGGAGGGCCAAAGGCUGCCAGUCCUGAGAGGAAGUUCACCCAAAUCCCAGGAAGAGAGGCUUCUUUUGGAGACCUCUGCUUGGGUUGUUCCUUAGGGUGGGAUCCUAGUGAGAGCCUCCACAGUGCUGCUGAGUGCUCUUUGAGGGAUUUGAGGGUUUUUCUUUUUUAUAUAAAAAAGACUAUUUGUACUUGUGUGUACCUUGGGGUUACCUUGAGUCUGUGACAGGGUGGAUUUGAGUUAAAUCGAAUCGAUUUAAAUCACAACUAAAAUCUCUAGUCAGUAAGACUUGAUUUAAAUCCCUUUUUUUUUUUUACAGAAAGACUCAUUCUUCCUAGUAUAAUCUUAAUAUUUACAACCAGAUGAAGGUUUCGUUUUUUCGAAUAAUAAAUGUUCAGAGUAGUUUUUACAGUUAUAUCAAAAAUUACCGAUUUGGUUGUACUAUUAGAAAUACAGUGGUACCUCCACUUACAAAUGCCUCAAGUUAUAAAUGCUUCAGGUUACAAACUCCGCUAACCUGGAAGUGUUACCUCGAGUUGAGAACUUUGCCCCAGGAUGAGAACAGAAAUCGUGUGCCGGUGGUGCAGCGGCAGCAGGAGGCCCCAUUAGCAAAAGCACGCCUCUAGUUAAGAACAGUUUCAGGUUAAGAACGGACCUCUGGAACGAAUUAAGUUCGUAACUAGAGGUACCACUACAUAGACGGAUAAUUAUGAAAUUGUUGUGAGGUUUAAUAAAUUAACUGUUUAUAUUUGGACAACUUUUCUGCUGUACUUUAUUGGAAGGAGAAAAACAAUCAUUUCCUUAAUAACAAUUUAAACAAUUUAUUUAACUAAAACAAUAACAUUAUAACAUACAUAUCCAUGUUUGUUAACAGAUGUGGUUAAACAAUAAAAAAAGGCUUAGACUGAGUUUUGUUGUUUAGUCAUUUAGUUGUGUCCGUCUCUUCAUGACCCCAUGGACCAGAGCACGCCAGGCACUCCUGUCUUUCACUGCCUCCUGCAGUUUGGUAGAUUGAGUUUUAGCUUUAACUUAAAACAAAUCCUUAUUUCCUGAUGAAUAGCCUUUGGACUAUAAUGUAACUUAAAUAGAAAACAUUCUUUGGAAAUAUAUUUCCUCCAAAAGCAUUUUAUUUUAAACAUCUGAUUUAAAUUUUUAAAAAUCCAAUUAUUAUUUUUUAAAUCCGAUUUAAAUAAAAAAAUCAUUGAUUUCUAUCCACUCUGGACUGUGGGAACUGGUGCUGUUGCCUAUCUAAGUGUAGAUGCUUGGAUGGGUCUAAUCAGUGCUAUUUUUUUAGAAAAAGAGGUCCUGGAACUCACCAUGAACGCCUCCCUUGAUCUCUUAGAAUGGCAAUGGUGCCUACUUAAGAGGUGCCAGAACUGAGUUCCGUCUGGAAAAAAAAAGUCCUAAGUCUAAUCCCAGAAUAAUAAUAAUAAUAAUAAUAAUAAUAAUACAGUGGUACCUCGGGUUAGGUACUUAAUUUGUUCCGGAGGUCCGUACUUAACCUGAAACUGUUCUUAACCUGAGUGUACCACUUUAGCUAAUGGGGCCUCCUGCUGCUGCCGCACCGUCGGAGCACGAUUUCUGUUCUUAUCCUAAAGCAAAGUUCUUAACCUGAAGCACUAUUUCUGGGUUAGCGGAGUCUGUAACCUGAAGCGUAUGUAACCCGAGGUACCACUGUAAUAAUAAAUUUUUAUUUAUAUCCCACCCUUCCCAACCAAAGCCGGACUCAGAGUGGCUAACAACAAUAAAAACAGCACAGUUUACAUAAAAUCACAAUCAAUUAAUUAAAAUACAUUCUAAAAUCAAUUCAGAAUCAAAUUAAUGGCAACCAUGGCUAGAGUUCUAUGAGGAUUACAGAAGGAGGGGGGUCAGACUGUGCCUUGGCCAAAGGCCUGAUGGAACAGCUCUGUCUUGCAGUCCCUGUGGAAAGAUCUCAAGUCCCGCAGGGCCCUGGUCUCUUGUGACAGAGUGUUCCACCAGAUCAGGGCCACGACCAAAAAAGCCCUGGCUCUGGUCGAGGCCAGCCUAACCUCCCUGUGGCCCAGGAUCUCCAAGAUGUUUUUCUUUGAAGACCGUAAGGUCCUCCGUGGGACCAGGAGAAGCGGUCCCGUAGGUAUGAGGGUCCUAGGCCGUAUAUGGGGAAUCUGUAGCCCUGCAGAUGUGGAUGGACUACAAGUGUCACCAUCCUUGAUCACUGACUGCCCUAGCAGGGCCUGAUGGGCAGUAGAGUCCAGCCACAUCUGCAGAGCCACAGAUUCCCCACCCCGAUCUAUUUGGUAUUGAUCUAUGGCAUUCCCCAGAUGUUGCUGGACCACAACUCCUAUCAUCCCUAGCCAGCAGGACCAGUGUUUGAGGAUGAUGGGAGUUGUAGUCGAACAACGUCUGGGGACUCAAGGCUGGUCUGUGAAGAUGAUUCUCCCCCCACCUGCACAAAUCUCCUCAGCUUCCUCUUUAAUUCUUCACCUGAAAUAAGGGGCAGGGGGACAAGGAACAGACCGAGGGAAACUGAUCUGUUCGAUGAAGACAGUCAUGUGGUGAUCAAGGUAUUUUCCCUUUCCUUCUUCAGAUGCUCUGGAGUCUAGAUUCUCGCUUCAGGAAGGUAAACUUCUGGGACCUGCGACGGGUCAAAGGAAUCUCACAAGGAGGGCUUUUGGAUUGCACUGCUUUGGGUUAUCUGCCUGCUGUUUUAUGAGUUGAUUUUAAUUUGUCUUACGCCUUUGCAUUCCACCUUUUCCUUCAAGGAGCGUAAGGUGGCGCACAUGGUUCCCCCCCUCCCUCAUUUAAUCCCCACAACCCUGUGAAGUAGCGACUGGCCCAAGGUCAAGGGGUGAGCUUCAUGGCCAAGUUGGGUUUUGAAUCCCAGUCUCCCAGGUCUUCGUCUGACGCUCUGGACACUAUGCAGGACUGGUUUUAAAUGCGAGAUAUUCUUAAGUUUUGUUUUUAUUUUGUAUCGCUUUUAUGUUGUAAGCCUGCAGCCCUCAAGAUGCUGUAGGCUCCAGGUUCUGUCAGUUCCAGUCAGUGGAGACUGGUCCAUUUGUGCAAAUGGACUGCCCUUCUAAAUUCAGUCUACCCUCAGCCACCGCCUACUUGCCUGUCUUCUUACUUCCAUCCACUUGAGAGGGUGGGAUCUCUUCUUGGGAAUCAAUGUUUCCCUUGUGGAUCUCAGCAGGGAAGGAGGAUAGAGGCAGAAUGAGAAUUAAAGGUAAAGGGACCCCUGGCCAUUAGGUCCAGUCGUGGCCGACUCUGGGGUUGCGGCGCUCAUCUCGCUUUAUUGGCCAAGGGAGCCAGCGUACAGCUUCCGGGUCAUGUGCCCAGCAUGACUAAGCCGCUUCUGGCGAACCAGAGCAGCGCACGGAAACGCCAUUUACCUUCCCGCCGGAGCGGUACCUAUUUAUCUACUUGCACUUUGACGUGCUUUCGAACUGCUAGGUUGGCAGGAGCAGGGACCGAAAAACGGGAGAUCACCCCAUCGCGGGGAUUUGAACUGCCGACCUUCUGAUCGGCAAGUCCUAGGUUCUGUGGUUUAAUCCACAGUGCCACCUGCGUCCCUAGAAUGAGAAUUUGUUGUUGUUGUUUAGUCGUUUAGUCGUGUCCGACUCUUCAUGACCCCAUGGACCAGAGCACGCCAGGCACUUCUGGGAAUGAGAAUUAGUUGGGGCCUAAAAGGACAAUAUGAGUGGACUCUCCAUGCCCUAACCACAGCAAAAAGACUGAUACUGAUUAAUUGGGGAAAAAUGCGGCUCCCUUUUAUGAUUGGAUUAAAGACUUAUACAAACUUGCAACAUACAGUAUGAACAACUUGCAUAUAAACGCAGACUUGCCAUGGAUAAAUUCAAUGAUAUUUGGAAUAUAUUCUUACAAAUACUGUAACAGGUUAAGAUCUGGUACAACAGCAGAUCUUGUAAAGAAAAAGAAAGAAUUAGCCGGGGCCUAAAAAUGUGCACCUCGACUGUCCCUGCCCUGUCUGACUGGGUCUGUUUCCAUGCCCUACCAAUAAGCCCUGGACAAUUAAACUUAGAUAGAUAGAUAAACUUUAUUCGCAUUAGCCAACGGCCAUAGCAACAUAAAACAAGCAAUAUGUACAAUUAAAAAGACAACAAUAAACGUUACACUAUUGUGUAUGUGUAAAAUUAUAUUUGUCAUGCAAUUGCAGCCUCAUACCCAACAUUACUUGGUAACUCUAACAAACCAAAAACUCAAUGCAGUUUUGAAAUUGGUGUUUGAAAUCAGUAUGGUUUUGAAGGGUUCAGCCCACCACCUUAAUUCCAAAUGGUACCCAGCCAUAAGCAAAAAUCUGUUCCUUGACUUUGGGAGCUAUUUUGCAAAAUUUGGCUGUGAUAUCUUAAGAGGUGUCUAGAUGCAUAGCAAACCAUUUCCCAAAAACGUAUCGCAGAUAGUGACGCUACUCCUCCCAGCCCUUCCAAGCUCACCACUGUCAAUAAUUUCUCUCCAUCUUCUUUCAGCGAUCGUGGCCUUCGAUCCAGAGACAGCACAUCCCCGGCUCGUCCUGUCUAAGGACUGCAAAAGCGUCAGACUGGCGGACAAAACUCAAGAGCUGCCCAAGAGCCGAAAACGGUUUGAAGCCAACCUAUUCCUCCUGGGAUGCGAGGAGUUUGCCGUGGGCAGGAACUACUGGGACGUCGCCGUGGGAAGCGAGGGCGAGUGGGCCGUGGGGGUGGCCAGGAAGUCCGUAAAGAGGAAGGACGUGGCUGCCAUAAGCUAUAAGGUUGGGAUCUGGGCAAUAGGGAAGCGGGGAAGUCAGUACGCGGUUUUCAACCCCCCUGACUUCCCUCCUCUGAGCUCUGUGCAGGAGCUCAAGAAAGUUCGAGUGUCUUUGAACUGCGACGGGAGGCAUGUGGCCUUCUUUGAUGCGGACGAUGCAGCCCUGCUUUUCCAGACCCCAAUAACUACCAUCGCCAGAGAGUCCUUCCUCCCCUUCUUUCAUGUUUCCAAUAAAGCUGUUCUAACACUGCCCCGCUAA